UCUCUCUCAUUUGUGUCACCAAUUCAACCUUCACCUUCCACUCUCUUUACAACCUCUGUAUCUAUCUCUCUGCAAUUCUUUCUCACUCUCAAUUUGUUUCUUCAUCUUCAUCACUAACUACUACUACUGAACUGCUGAAGUAGUUCUUGUAAGCCUACUUUCAGUCAAUUCACAGAAGAAGAACAAUGAAGAAAGUUAUAGUUUCUCUCGAUUUACAUGAUGACAGAUGCAAGCAAAAAGCCAUGAAAUCUGUUUCUGGCAUUUCAGGUGUUGAAUCAGUAUCAGUGGACAUGAAAGAGAAGAAGUUAACAGUAAUCGGAGAUGUUGAUCCAAUAGAUAUCGUGAGCAAACUAAGAAAACUCUGUCACACAACAAUCGUUUCAGUUGGUCCGGCAAAAGAACCAGAGAAGAAGAAAGAAGAACCAAAAAAAGAAGAACCAAAAAAGACUCCUGAACAACAAAUAGCUGAUCUUGCUGCUGCUUAUAAAGCUUAUAAUUGUCAAAUGGCUACACCUUAUUAUGAUCCUCGUAUGACUCCUCGCUAUUAUGUUCAGAGCUGUGAAGAAAAUCCUAAUGCUUGUGUUAUUUGUUAGGAGUAGUAGUUAAAAAGAUUGGAUUUUGAUGAGAAGAGAACCCAUUGAAUUAGGAUAAGAAUAAAACCCUUAAUUGGUUUCAUUCGUUGAUUCAAAAAUCUUGGGUUUGUAUAGAUUUUAUCUCUUUUAAUUUUUACUAUUAUUAGUUUCAAUCCAAGGUUAUGUGUAAUGCGGAAGUGAAAGAACAUAAUCCUACGUGAGGUGGGGCGGAUUUAGAUAAAUAGCAUUGUUCUAUUAUUUCAUUGUUUCACCAUUCUGAAUACCAUUUGGUUUAUAAUGUUAAGAAAUUGAAUUGAAUUAUUUU